GAAAAGCUGAACACCACCAUCAAAAAUUCCGGCGUUUCCGGGGUCAAGGUCGGGAAGAUCCAAUCUCUACCCGCACCAACUACGACCACCACGACGACGACCACGACCACGACGCUCCCCAUGUCGGAGAGGCUGUUUGACGUAGGUUUUACCGUGGACACUUCGAUCAUCGCGGAUAAGCUGGAUCUGCUAACAAAUCAAGCUUUACUCGAUGCGGUUGCGAAGGGGUCG